AUGGCAACUCCCGAGUCCCCUUUACACCUCAUAGUUAUCGGUGGCGGCCUCUGCGGCCUGUCAGCUGCGAUCGCAACCCGCCUCGCCGGCCACAAUGUCACAGUCCUAGAAUCCGUACCGGCCUUCCGCGAGGUAGGCGCCAGCCUCCAAAUUACGCCCAACAGCACACGCCUCUUGAAGGCAUGGGGUCUAGCUGAUACUCUAGGUUCUAAAGCUGCUACUCCCAAAUACUUCCGCAUGCGCAGGUACAACGGUGACCUGCUCGCCGAACGCACUCAGUAUACAGAGGAGAUAGAAGGUCGGUAUGGAUCACCGCUGUUGUGUCUGCAUCGUGCGGAUUUACAAGUCGCUAUGGCAGAGAAAGCGAAGGAGUUGGGAGUUGACAUUAAGCUUGGAUGUAAAGUUGAAAGUGUGAAUUGGGAUGAAGAACAGGCCCGAGGGCCAGCAGAAGGUGAGAUAAGCGUAAGUAUAGAAGGGAGUGAGCAGGUGAGGGGAGACAUUGUGCUUGCUGCGGAUGGUAUUUGGUCAGAGACCCGUCAAUAUCUGCUAGGAAAAGACAUAGGACCAAAACCCACCGGCGAUUUGGCGUACAGAAUCCUGCUAGACAGAGAGAGCAUCACAGAUGAUACACUAAGAACCUGGUUGGGUUCUCCAGGUAUCAAUAUCUGGGUUGGACCUGAGGUACACGCGGUGGGUUAUAGUAUCAAAGGAGGUCGAUGGUUGAAUCUAGUGCUUCUGGUGAAAGAUAACUUGCCGGAAGAUGUGAUGAAGGCCGAAGGUGAUUUGGCUGAAAUGAAGGCAAUAUUUCAAGAUUGGGAUCCAAUUCUGACCCAAUUCUUGGAGCACGUGGAGAAGGUCGAUAAAUGGCGCCUGAAUUAUCUCGAACCGCUGCCUUUCUGGAAAUCAAAAUUAGGAAGAUUUCUGCUAGCAGGAGACUGCGCUCAUCCCAUGCUACCUUACAUGGCACAAGGCGCCAACUCUUCUCUAGAAGAUGGCGCCACAAUUGGAGUCUUGCUUUCAAAGGUUAACCGAAGAGACCAAAUCAGCGCUGCGAUGGCAAUGUACGACGCAAUCCGGCGACCCCGGAUUGACCAGCUUGUCCAAGAGACAUUCAAGCAGGGCAAGGAACAUCAUCUGGCCGAUGGAGCGGAGCAAGUCAAAAGAGAUCUGUUGCUUAGAAAGUCCUUUGAGAAGCCUACAAAUGGAGAGAAGACAUGGACACAUCCUAAAAUCCAACCUUGGAUCUAUGGAUAUGACGCAUAUACAGAGGUAGAGAAAGCAUACGGCCUGCAUCCUUUCUAA